AUGCGUCCCUUUUUCUGGCUUGCUGCCUUUGGGGCUGUAGUGUCAGCAUUACCUGGCCAGCUCAUUGCAGACCAAGCUAGAAGUAACAUCGUGAAGAGGGCAGACGAGCAUGUCCAAUUCGUCGAUGCGACUGGAGAUGGUGAAACGCAGAUCACGCGGCCCCCUUCAAAGGACGACGAGUAUAGUAUCCUCGAUGGCAAUGGAGGGGUAGACGCAUGUCCAGUCGGACUGAUUGGCAAGCGCCAGACGACUCCAAGACCAGCUCAGACACCGGAGAAUAUCGAAAGGACAUUGAAGGAGCUGCAACGCCGCUGGCUUAGACAGGAGCUCGUGGGCCGUGCCAGGUAUCCUCACGUGUUUAAUAACUACGAAAGACUCCCGUUCCCAGGAUUUGAAGAUACUCAACUAUAUGAAUUUCCUCUCCUGCCUUCUACCGAGCCGAUCUAUAGUGGCGGUAGCCCCGGUGCUGUCCGAAUCUUAGGUGCAAUCUCCAGCAAUGGCCAGGUCGAGUUAGCCGGGUUCAUCCGACACCCGCCAGGGAACCGUGGAGGGUUUGAGUUGUGCCCCGAGUCUGCUGCAGUAGCUUCUACCACCACUAUCUCUCCUGAUGUUGACGACAGUGUGUGUGAGGGGGUUCCCCACACGCAUGAUGAGAGCCGCAGGGCUAUACAGCUUGACUUUGGCCUGGCCCGGCGAGAUGCGUCGGAUGCGCUCCGCAGACUCUGUCAGUCGAAGCAACGGAUUGGAGCAGGCGUUCAGACUGGAACCAAUGGAGAAGUAUGGUUUUUCCGGGGCGACGAAUACAUCCGCUACUCAACCAAUGACGAAAGCAUUCAUUUUCGAAAGAAGAUUGUCGAUGGAUGGCCAGGACUUCGCAAUACUCCAUUCAGUGAAGACAUUGACGCCGCGGUCAAGACUGGGACCUCGGAUGAAUAUUGGCUCUUCAAAGGAGAUGAAUAUGUUCGCUACUCUACGAAUGGUGAAAGGAUCCAUUUCCGAAAGAAGAUUGUUGAAGGCUGGCCGGGACUGAAAGGCACGCCAUUCAUCCAAGGCAUUGAUGCGGUGAUCAGAAGCGAGACGAGUGGAGAGUUAUGGUUUUUCAAAGGGGAUGAGUAUGUCCGCUAUUCAACCGACGACGAAAUGAUUCAUUUCCGAAAGAAGAUUGUCGAUGGAUGGCCAGGAUUGAAGGACACCCCGUUUGUCCGUGAUAUUGACGCCGCAGUCAAGACUGGCACCAGUGAAGAAUAUUGGUUCUUCAAGGGUAAUGAGUACGUUCGUUACUCGACUGAAGAUGAGCGCAUUCACGUUCAAAAGACAAUCGCUUCAGGGUGGCCAGGGUUGAAGAACACGCCCUUCAGUCGACGACACAAGCGUACGGGGGCUUGA